UCUUAUCUUACUGACAACCGGCUACCGGAGAAAAUGGUUUGCAUGUGUGUGCCAUGAAAUUCAAAUUAACCAAAAUACUGACGUGUAGGAGAGGGUGAAGACAUUGGAGACUAAACAUUGCACAGCUUUUACUAAACGAUUGCAAAACAGUUCAUAUCGUUUAUCAAUCGUAACACACAUCGUGAAACGCGGAAUUUUGUUGUCAUCGAAUAAUGAUAAAAUAAAAUAAAAGCAAAAGAUAUAAAAAAAUCGAAAAUGCAAUUGAAAGCUGCUAUUUUUAUACUCGUUGGUUUGACUACGGCAUCCAAUGGAAACGUAAAUAACAGCUCUAGGUUUGUGGCCACUCGAGAAUGGCAAGAAAUUGCAGAAGGUCAAUCAAUUCCGGAAGGUCUCCAUGUACGCAUUAAUCUUUCAACUGGUAAAAAAGAAGCAAAACUGCUGGAAAAAGAUACGAACAACACACAAUCAUCACUAUCCACCGUCGCAGGUGCCGAUUUACUGGAUCAUGGAACUCAGCUUCCGACGUCAAACAUAGACAAACUUAAGGAAGCGUUACAAAACAUACCUGCAGAUAAGUUUGAGCUUGAUGAAAAGGAGCUGAAGAAAGUCAAGGCAAAUUAUAAGACUUAUGACCAGAUCAAGCAGUAUCUGAAGGAAGCCAAUUUGGACGUCAAAAGCGACGGCGAUAUAUUAAAAAAAUUGAUCAAGCGUUUCGAAGAAUUACACAAAUCUAAAGAUCCCACUGAAACUAAAGUAAGAGAAGAACUCGAUAAUUUAUUUGAAGACUUGCAGUAUUUGGUUCAUCAGAUAGAUAAUGCUGUCGAGUUUAUCAAUUAUAAAGGAAUAGAGAAAAUUAUAUGGCCCUGUCUGAAUCAAACGGAAUCAUCGCUUCGAAUACAUGGUUUCAAACUCUUUGGGACAAUUGCACAAAACAAUCCCAAAGCUAAAAUUGCAUUGUUUGAGCGAAACGGGGGUGCUAUUUUACUGACCAAAAUUUCCCAAACGACGAAAUCUGAUGAACUUUCAGCUGGACUUUAUGCCUUUGGUAGUUUAGUUCGUAAAUUCCCCCAUGCUUUAACAGAACUUCUUACGCCACAAGGCUACAGUCUACUGUUCGACGUUCUUGGCAAAAAUGUGGGACUACGGGUAAAGGUGAAAAUUGUACGGUUAAUAUCAGACUUAGUGCAAGAUUAUGAACAUGCCUUGUCAAGCAAAGAACCAGACCCGAUAAUGAAGGAACGCUAUCAAUCAACAAAUUUAAAGGAGAGUCUGCUCAAGGUCGACUACUGCCGGCGAGCUGCCGAAUUUUUCCAUCAAAACAAAGCUGGGCUUUUGCAGGACGAAUCUAUGUCCGAGGAAGUAAUUAGUGCUCUGCGCAGUAUUAGUCCUAAUCUCUGUCACGAAGUAUGGUCUGGUUGUGCUCUGUUCCGGCAUACCUUAUUGGUGCUUAGAAAUAAUUUAGACACACGGCUGGACGAGAGGAGCGGCGAUUCGGGCGGUGCUGUCUAUCUGAGAGAAAUUCAGCAUACUAUCGAUCAAUUUGUGGAGGAACUGUAUGGAAGGGAGAGAAGAAAAGAUGAGCUGUGAUGAGAUGACAAACCGCUAGCGAAACUGCAAUUAUAAAUAUAACUUAUGUUGCUGAAAA